AUGGCCGCAGACCUUAAACCCGACCCCAACGCCCGUCUGGUCGACGCCCUCGUCGUCCGUCUUCGUCGACGUCAAAUUGUCGGCUCGCGAAACGUCGCGCUUGCUACUGCCGCUCUGGUGCAGAAUGUGGUCCGCAGCGCCAAGUUUGCGACCAUUGACGAGCUCCUGGCCAUGAUCCGUGCCAUCGGACGCAGGCUCGUGGAUGCCAACCCAAAGGGCGAGUACCAAGCUGUGUGGGUGAGGAGCAGAGCUCUCGAGUCAGCCUCUCCCUCUCGUUUGGAGAAGCUCGCCGCUGGCAACAUUGUGCGCCGCAUCAUCCGUCUCAUUCGCGAGGAGUACCGCGCCGCCGCCGCCGCGCACAUGUCCCAACCCCCCAGUGUCCCCGGCACGCCUGGAAUCUCGACUCCUCCCGGCGGCAGCUACUUCACCGGCCCCGGCAGCGGCCCCGGUUCGGCGAGCGCCAGCAUGCCCAGCACGCCCAUUGCGCGCCAGGCGUCGCUGUCCAACUUCGUGGCCAUGCGCCACUCGCGCGUGCAGGGCGAGAGGAGCGGCAACGUCUCGGUGGUCCCAGCCCAGGGGGGUACGCCUGGUACUGCUUCUUCCACGGGUGGUAGUGGCCUGGACGGCCGUGCUUCCAACGGUCUCGACUUUUCGGCUUCGACAAACGCCCUGUUCGCUCCUCCGCGCGUGGUGACUCUGAUGGCUGCCGACCAGGAGGCUGCGUCGGCGGCCGAGUUUGCGCGUACGGCAGGCAAGCUCAAGCCCGUCCUGAUCCAGGCUAUUGACGAGGUGGUCAACGAGCUCGAGACGACACACGAGGACGUGGCCCGUGGCGCAAAAGAGCACAUUCACAGCUCCGAGGUCAUCCUCACGCUGGGCCACAGCCGCACUGUCGAGGCAUUCCUCAAGGCAGCCUUUAGGGACCGCAAGUUCACCGUCAUCGUCCUCGAGAGUGCCCCUUCGUACUUGGGCCAGCACAUGGCCGCCAACCUCGCCCACCACGGCAUCCCUACCCUCCUCGUCCCGGACAGCAGCUUGCACGCCGUCAUGCCCCGUGUGACAAAGGUCCUCUUUGGCGCGCACAGCGUGUCGGCCAACGGCGGCCUGUUCGCCCUCGCCGGCUCGCUCGCGUGCGCUUUGGCCGCUCGUACUCACGCAAAGCCCGUUGUGGUCACGACCGGACAGUUCAAGUUCGCCCCCGUGUGGAACUUGUACCACGAGUUUGACGCGCUCGACUUCCAGGGCCCCGGCCCCGUCAUUGGCUACGACCACGACGGCGGUGGCGGUGGCUAUGAGGGUGUCGAGGUCACUGACCCCCACUACGACUACAUUCGCCCCGAGCUCAUCAACCUGUACGCCACAAACGUCGGAGACCACCCUCCGUCGUACAUUUACCGCAUCAUCAAGGAGGCAUACGACGACGAGGACAUUGAGCUGUGA